AUGGAUGCAAUAACACAUAUUUGCUUGGAUCAACAUAACUGCAAGCGAUUGCUAUGUGAAAGUUGUUUGAAUUGUCAUGAUUUUCCUCAUUAGAUCUUAAUACCAAUAGAUAAUAUUCUUGAUUAAGAAAAUUAAGAUAACCCAUUUAAACCAGGGAUAUUAAGUCAAAACAAAAAUUAAUUGAUCUGUAAUUUAUAAUUAAGAGCAAUUUAAUUCAAAUAAAUAUUCUAAUAAUUAAUCUCUGAUAUUAGAGAAAAUCUAAAGUGUCUAUAAAAUUUGUUUAAAAAAGCUGAUUAAGAAUUUAAAAACCUUUUAAUCAAUAACAAAAAUCAAGAUAACUUUUCCAAUUUAGGAUAAUAUAAUUUAUUGAAAUUUUAAGAGAACAAUCUUUUUUAAGCAUGGAAAAUUUUUUAAUCAAAUUAAUUGAAUAAUAUUAAAGAUUUAUAAACUUUAUUAGAAUAGUAAUCCAAAGAAUUUCAUCAUAAAAUAAAAAGUGAAUUAAAUUUAACUAAAUAAAUAUAAAAUUUGAGUUAAAGCGCAAAAAAUUAAAAAGUAAUUGUAAAUUAAGGAUAUUAAAACUAUUGUUAUGGGGGUGAUGUUUGGGAUUUUUAAAUUGCAGAUUUCAAAAUAUUUAAUAUUGGAGGAUUAGAUAGAAUAGUUAUGUAGGAAGGUUAAAUUUUAAGAAUGUAAAUUUUUCACAUCAGUUUAGUUUAAGUAUUGAAAAUAGAAGCUUCCAGGAAUAAAUUACUAAAAAUCUUGAUUAGAUGAAAAAUGUUUAAUCAGAUUUAUUAUAAUUGAAUAAAAAUUCUAAAUCAAAACAAUAUUAAUAAGUUUGGAAAGGAGAAAAUUUUAAUGUAGGAGGUAUGGUAGAUGAAAACAAUUAAAAAAUUGGUUUUUGGAUUGAAUUUUUUGAAAAUUUUUGGGAGUAAUAAUUAUUCUCUAUUUACAAUAUUUACAAGAAGGACAAAAAUUAUAAAUUUUGGAUUUUACUUUGAGGGAAAAAAGAUUUAGAAGUGGGGAGUAAAACAUGUUGAAAUUGAAAAAAAUGAUAUGACAGAUGAAAAUGAUGAAGAAAAUGAGAAAACUGUCUAAUUUUAAAGUUAAUAAUAUAUAUUAGUAUUAGAUUCAGUUAAUAAUUUAUCAAUAGGAGGAGGUUAUUAUUAAGAUGAUGGUUUAAAAUAAGGCAAAUGGAUAGAUUUAUAUUAAAAAUUCAGUAGGUAAUAGAUUGUCUAUAUAAUUUUCAGCUAAAAUCAUAUCACUUAUAUCGGGGAGUAUAAUCAUGGAAAAAAAUAAGGAAAAUGGGAUAUUAUGUUUAAAGACAAAUUAAUGUAUAAAUUUCUAAAUUUGUUAGUGGAGGAGGUUGCUAUGAUUAAUAAGGAAUGAAAAACGGAAAAUGGAUAAAUCAUCAAGCAAAGUUUAGCAAGUAUAAUUUUAAUUAAGUUAAGGUUUGCUUAAGUGAUAUAUGUAGGUAGGUAUUAGAAUGGUCGAAAAUAUGAUUAAUGGAAUGCCAUGUAUAGAGAAGAAGUAUCAAUGGAAUUUUAAAUAGUGUAAAUUUAUCACUUCUAUAUAUAAGUGGAGGAGGGCAUUAUAAUUUGAAGGGUAAUAAGGAUGGUAAAUGGACAGAAUUACCUACUAAUUAUGGAAAGUAUAUAUAAUUUGUUAUUUAAAUUUAUAAAUUAGAAAUUGUGAUGGAAAAGCUAUUGGUUCAUAUGCUGAUGGGAAAAAAGAAGGAAAAUGGGAAAUAUUAGUUGAUAAUUAAAUAAUGUAAAUCAUAACUAAUUAAUUACUAAAAGUGGAGGAGGAAAUUAUAAUGAAGAUGGAUUAAAGUAGGGAAUUUGGAUUGAUUUGAAGGAAAACUUUUAUUUGUAAUGUUUAUUUUUUAAACAAUCAGUUAAUCCUAAGUUAUUUAUGUUGGAGGAUAUGAGAAAGGAAUUAAAGUUGGAAAUUGGGAUACUUUGUACAGAUGGGGUUCAUCCCAUGAAUUUUAAAGAAUGUAAAACUAAUCUUAUAAUUAUAAGUGGAGGGGGUAAAUAUAAUAAAUCUGGAAAGAAGAAAGGAAAAUGGAUUGAUGUUCAUAAAUAAUUCUGGAAGUCAUUAAAUAAUUAUAUUUAUCAUUAGUUGGAUGCAAAUAACAUUUGUUGGUGGAUAUUAUAAAGGUCAGAAAGCGGGAAAGUGGGAUAUAAUCUAUGAAGAUCACUUUAUGUAUAAUAAUUUGUAAUUUUUAGAGGAGGAGG